GUACUCUUUAAUGUUUAUUGACUGUUAUUUAGAAUCUAUAAUUUCUAAAACAGCUAUUUUUAUCAGCCCCAUUUUUCUGACGAGGAGACUGAGGCACAAAGUUAAGGACAAUGUUCCCAGUUGGUUGGUAGAAAUGCUGGGAUUCCAAACUGGCAGGCUGAGUCCACAGCCCAGAGGUGCCUGUGCUGCACCAAGGCUCUUCCAGGAACAGGGAGCUUUAGGGGAGUGCAACAGGGAAUGGUGAGGACUGUGGGAAAUGGGGACUAGAUUCUGCUCUCCUUGGGCCGUUUGUUCUCCCACUUCCCUGGGAUAAAAUCCCCAAGUCCUCCCCAAAGCCUAGAGGGCCCUGCAUGGCCUUCACUUCCCUGUUCUCACCUCCUCCCUCUCUCCCUUGCUCACCCAGCUCCAACCAGAGGGCUCACUCCAUAGCAGGCAGGGUCCUGCCUCAGGGCCUUUGUACUGGCUGUUCCCUCAACCUGGAGCACUUUUCCUUCUGAUAUUCCUGUCUCUCUCACUCAUCUCUUGCAAAAACACUAAAAUGUCCCCUCAGUGAAAAAGCUUUCCUUGACCAUUCUAUUAAGAACUGCAACCAUCAGAAAUGGCUUUCCCACUUCCUCUUCCCUGCUUCAUCACCGUCCAAUAUACAAUAUACCUUACUUAUGUAUUAUGUUGAUUGUCUUCACCACUGCUAUCUAAGCUCCUAAGCAUAAGGAUUUUUUGGUCUGUUAUUCACUGCUGUUUCGCUCGCGUCUAGGAUGGCAUGUAACACAUAGGCAUUCAACGAGUUACUCGUUUAAUGAACGCCCCAAAUAAAAGUAGCAGUGUUUUAAAAUUCCAUCAGGAAAACAAAAUAGUUCUGUAAGCCGAUUGUGGCCCGCGGGAAGCCAGUCUGAGAGCCCCAAGAGACUCACUGAACACUUCCGUUUCCCGCAAAGGGAUCAGAGGUAGAAAAGGGACCCGAGGCCCCAGCCCCUCCUAGGUUCCGCCCCAUUACGUCGACGCGCGUAAAAUUGCGUCACUUGGAGCGACCUGGGCAUGCGCACUUCACCAGCAAGGCCGGGGAAGACACACAUGCGACCCGGAAGGCCUUUCCGCGGCACUCCAAAGCGGGCGUGAGGGGGGCCGAUGGCGGAGGGUGCGGCAGAAGUCUCAGCAGCGAGUGAUGGUGGUGGCGACCUAGGAACCGUCGAGCCGGAACGGGGAGUGGCGCCCAUCAAACCUCAAUACCUCACCACCAAGGAGCAGUUCCACGAAUUCCUGGAAGCCAAAGGGCAGGAGAAGCCCAGCCAGGACUCCGAGGCUGUAGACCCUGCUGGCAAUGACCUGGCUGAGCCUGAGGCCAAGCGGAUCCGACUGGAGGACGGGCAGACAGAGGACGGGCAGGCAGAGGAGGCAGCUGAACCUGGGGAGCAGCUUCAGGCUCAGAAGAGGGCCCGGGGCCAGAACAAGUGCCGGCCUCACGUGAAGCCCACUCACUAUGAUAAGAACAAGCUCUGCCCCUCUCUGGUCCAGGAAUCAGCUGCCAAGUGUUUCUAUGGUGACCGCUGCCGCUUCCUGCAUGAUGUGGGCCACUACCUGGAGACCAAGCCUGCUGACCUUGGCCCCAGCUGUGUGCUCUUUGAAACCUUCGGCAGGUGCCCCUAUGGCGUGACCUGCCGCUUUGCCGGGGCGCAUCUGGGGCCUGAGGGCCAGAAUCUGGUGAGGGAGGGGUUGGUCCAGGCCCCGCCCGUCCGCAACGGCCUGGACAAGGCCCUGCAGCAGCAGUUGCGAAAAAGGAAGAUCCACUUCAAGCGUGCAGAGCAGGCUCUGUGCCAGCUGAGCAGGGGCCCGCUGCCAGGCCCCACCCCCGAAGCCACUGUCCCCGAGGGCAGGGAGGCCGAGGGUGCCCCAGGGCAGGAUAACUGUGACAGCCAGCUGGCCCCCCAGGAACCGGACACCGUUGGCCCUCCCAGUGGCCCUUUAAGGAUGUGCGGACCCCUGACAGAUGAGGAUGUAGUCAGGUUGAGGCCCUGUGAGAAGCGGCGGCUGGACAUCAGUGGCAAACUGUACCUGGCCCCACUCACCACGUGUGGCAACCUGCCCUUCCGCCGGAUCUGUAAGCGCUUCGGGGCAGACGUGACCUGCGGGGAGAUGGCUAUGUGCACCAACCUGCUGCAGGGCCAGACGUCUGAGUGGGCCCUGCUCAAACGCCACCCCUGUGAGGAUAUCUUUGGCGUCCAGCUUGAGGGCGCCUUUCCCGACACCAUGACCAAAUGUGCCGAGCUGCUGAACCGCACCAUCGAAGUGGAUUUCGUGGACAUCAAUGUCGGCUGCCCCAUUGACCUUGUGUUCAAGAAGGGUGGGGGCUGUGCCCUCAUGAACCGCUUGGCCAAGUUCCAGCAGAUUGUCCGUGGCAUGAACCAGGUGCUGGACGUGCCACUGACCGUGAAGCUGCGCACGGGCGUCCAGGAGCGUGUGAAUCUGGCCCACCGGCUGUUGCCUGAUCUGCGGGACUGGGGGGCGGCUCUGGUCACGCUCCAUGGCCGCUCGCGGGAGCAGCGCUACACCAAGCUGGCCGACUGGCAGUACAUCGAGCAGUGCGUGGCAGCAGCCAGCCCCAUGCCCCUUUUUGGGAAUGGAGACAUCUUGUCCUACGAGGAUGCCAACCGAGCCCUGCAGACUGGUGUUGCAGGGGUCAUGAUCGCGCGUGGCGCCCUGCUCAAGCCGUGGCUGUUCACGGAGAUCAAGGAGCAGAGGCACUGGGACAUCUCAUCCUCUGAGCGCCUGGACAUCCUGCGGGACUUCACGCACUAUGGCCUGGAGCACUGGGGCUCAGACACACAGGGCGUGGAGAAGACGCGCCGCUUCCUCCUCGAGUGGCUCUCCUUCCUGUGCAGGUACGUGCCCGUGGGCCUGCUGGAGCGGCUCCCGCAGCGGAUCAACGAGCGGCCACCCUACUACCUGGGGCGCGACUACCUGGAAACGCUCAUGGCCAGCCAGAAGGCAGCUGACUGGAUUCGCAUCAGUGAGAUGCUGCUGGGACCCGUCCCGCCCAACUUCGUCUUCCUGCCCAAGCACAAGGCCAAUGCCUACAAGUAGCCACAGGGACAGAAGGGGCAUCUGAGUACCCAGAGGGCCCCCUAAAGCGUGAGAAGUCAAUAAAUUUUAUUCUUCUAAAACC